AUGAGUAAUGAGGAAAGUUUAAUAGAAAUGGAAGAUCCUCGACAGCUAGGCGUUGCUGCUACGGGUGGUGGCGCCAAACUUGAGAUGAGUGUUAUAAAUGGGAACGGCAACGGUAGCGGCAGUUCUAAUGCCGUCUCGAAACGUAACAGUUCGGAGCGUAGUCUACCCUUACGCAGUUACAGUAAAUGGUCACCCACGGAACAGGGGGCGACAAUAGUUUGGCGCGAUUUGUGUGUUUAUACAGCCGGUGAAAAUGGCUCCUCGGCCAGUUUGUAUAACAUGAAGCGAAUUAUAAAUAAUUCGACGGGUGCUGUACAGCCGGGCAACUUAAUGGCAUUGAUGGGCUCAAGUGGUUCGGGUAAAACAACACUGAUGUCUGUGCUUGCAUAUCGUCAACCAGCUGGUACGGUAGUUCAAGGCGAUAUUCUUAUCAAUGGUCGACGAAUUGGUCCAUUUAUGCAUCGUAUUAGCGGUUUUGUUUAUCAGGAUGAUCUUUUCAAUGGUUACUUAACCGUGAUGGAGCAUAUGAAUUUUAUGGCACAUUUACGUUUAGAUCGCCGUGUCAGCAAACAAGAACGCAAAAUGAUUAUACAAGAUCUAUUGGAGCGAACUGGCCUUAUGGGUGCCGCAAAUUCACGAAUUGGUUCCGGAGAUGAUGAAAAAGUCUUAUCCGGUGGAGAACGCAAACGUCUGGCCUUUGCUGUGGAGUUGCUCAAUAAUCCAGUUAUUUUAUUUUGUGAUGAACCCACCACCGGCCUUGAUUCCUAUAGUGCUCAACAAUUGGUACAAACUUUAUAUGAUUUAGCUAAAAAAGGAACCACCAUUCUUUGCACCAUACAUCAGCCCUCAUCACAGCUUUUCGAUAUGUUCAACAAUGUUCUCUUGCUAGCCGAUGGUAGAGUGGCUUUUACCGGGUCACCGCAAAAUGCAUUGGAUUUCUUUGCCGAAAAUGGCUAUACCUGCCCGGAGGCAUAUAAUCCGGCAGAUUUUCUUAUUGGUGUUUUGGCCACAGAUCCCGGCUAUGAACAAGCUUCACAGAGAUCGGCUCAAUACAUGUGUGAUUUAUUCGCGGUGAGUUCGGCGGCCAAACAAAGGGAUAUGUUGGUGAAUUUGGAGAUACACAUGGCCGAGACGGGUGAAUAUCCAUUCGAUACAGAGGUUGAUAAUUUCCGAUCGGCAUUAUGGUAUAAGAAAAUUCUAGUUAUCUGGUACAGAUAUACCCUCAGCUUGCUAAGAGAUCCAAAACUGCAAUGGAUGAGAUUUUUGCAGAAAAUGGCCAUGGCCAUUAUAAUUGGCCUAUGUUUUGCUGGCACCACACAACUGGAUCAAAUGGGUGUGCAGGCCGUGCAGGGAGCGCUUUUUGUCAUGAUUUCGGAAAAUACUUUUCAUCCCAUGUAUACGGUGCUAAAUGUUUUUCCACAAGGUUUUCCAUUGUUUAUGCGAGAGAAACGAGCUGGCCUAUAUUCAACGGCAGAAUAUUACAUAGCCACAAUAGGGGCCAUGUUACCCGGCAUGAUUCUGGAACCACUUCUGUUUGUGGUAAUUUGCUAUUUUGUGGCCGGUUUGCGUCCAACAUUUUUUGCAUUCUUGAUAACGGCCAUUUCUGUUAUCCUGGUGAUGAAUGUUGCCACGGCAUGUGGUUGCUUCUUUUCGACAGCAUUUAAUUCAUUGCCAUUUGCCAUGGCAUAUUUGGUUCCAAUCGAUUACAUCAUAAUGAUAACAUCUGGCAUUUUCAUUCAAAUAAGCACCUUGCCUUGGGCAUUUUAUUGGACACAAUUUCUCUCUUGGAUGCUGUAUGCAAAUGAGGCAAUGACCAUAGCACAAUGGUCGGGUAUACAAAAUAUAACCUGUUUCGAGGAAAGCGAGAAUCUGCCCUGUUUCCAUACCGGCACUGAUGUCCUGAACAAAUACAGCUUUGACGAGAAAAACCUUUACGUUAAUCUGUUGGCAAUGGUUGGAAUUUACUUUGGCUUUCAUGUGCUGGGUUAUUAUUGCCUUUGUCGUAGAGCGCGUAAAAUAUAAA